ACAAAUACGACUCGUAUACUAUCCAGCAAGGAAAGAUUUAGAUCGGGGGUUGAUACUGACGUCAAUCAUGGGAUUCUAUAUUUGGAAGCAUCUUACAUCUCCAAGAUUGUGAUAUAGACACAGAACUAGUAUUAAAAGUGUAGAAGAAGGUUGCAGAGAGGCCCUAACAUGAGAAUCCAUUGUUCCAGCGUCACCAUCGACUGCAGAGAACAUGGAAGAAUGAAGGUUUGUUUCUGGGGCUUAGAUGCCGGUUGUUGGAUUUAGACCUUGUGAUCUUGUGGAGUUUUUGUCCAUACUCUCCGAUCGGGUUUGAUUCUGUACUAAAUUCUAUAUCAACAUCAUCGAUUGUGGCGGACAUGGAUGAAGGAAGGGAUGAGAGGUUGAUUUUAGGGUUGCCUCGAAAUUGGGUGUUGGCAGCCUAUAUUGGGUCUGGGUCUUUCGUUGUUACGUCUUCGUGUUUGUUCUCUGUUGGGAGAAUAUUAUGUCUGCCAGUAUAUUUUUGGCAAGGAAGUGGAAAUUUGUGUAUGGUCGUGUCUUCGAUUUUCUGGAAAUGGCUUAAAAUUCAGUUAGCUGUUCGAUUUUCCGGAGAUGCUAAUUCAGUUGGCAUAAUCCCUGAGCGCCGUAGUGGUCGGAGCAGGAGUCCAGGGGCAAGAAAGCAUCAGAGUCCUGUAAGAGAAGGCAGUGAAGAGAGAGCUAAAAUUGAGCAAUGGAACAGGGAAAGGGAUCAGGAAGAACUAGCGAAGCAUACCAUAACUGGCGAACAUGGAAUGGACUAUGAGGGACAGAAGCAUAAUGGUGAUCACUAUCAUCAUCAGCUUCUGCAAGAGGACAGUGGAUAUUACUGAAAUAGUUCGCCUCUGGUUUUGUAUGGUGCUGAUCUGACACAGGAGUUUGCAGGGACUGCAGGAGCUUGUGAAGUCUUAUUGAUAAAGUCCUUUAGAUUAAGUAUUGAUAAAGUCUUGUGAAAAUACUAUAGGUGAUGAAUGAUGAUGUCGUUGUUCGGCCUUUCCCUUCUUGAAUAGGCGCAUUGUGUGUUUCAGUUAAAGAUGUUUGCUUCGUGUUUGAUAUGCCCUUCGAAGUUUUUUACUAGUUAACUUAUCAGAA